AUGUUGGUGCGGAUCGCAGCUGCAUCCCAGCGUGUCCUCUUUUUCGCGCAAACAGAUCGAAAAAAAGGACGCAGCGGUACCACUGCCCACUGCGGUGGUGGCGAGGAUUCGUCGGCACCCAUUGUCACUGCAGCUGCGAGCUCGCUCUCCAACUACAUAUAUCCCUCAGCAUCCGACGAAACUCGCCAAGCAGGAACCCCUUUUGCACCGCUUGCUAUCUUCUUCACCUUUGCACCUCGCUCUCUCCCUGCCAUUCCAGCUCCCACACCCAGGCGACCACCACAAACACUUUGGAGCGCCGCCCAAGAUCUUAAGCUUCUCAUCGCGACGGUUGCUCGAUUUCGUUGGAAUUUCGCUCCCCACGCCUCGACGUUGGCCGAGCGCGAAAAAUCGCUUUUGCCUUUAGCGCCACCGCACUCUGGACACUUGGGCCUGGAUCCAUCAUUCGGCUCUUCCGACGGGGAGCCGAUGCAGAGCCAGAAGGGCCCGGGUUUCAGAGUUGGUCUUUCUGCCAAUCCAUGCGCGCGUUCCGCGGUUCUGGCGUCGUCGGCGCUUGAACUUGGAUCCGGUGCUCAGCCAGGACUGCAGCUCGGCACCGCUCUUUUGCGCAUUGGACCCUCGGAGCUGCACCUCGUGCACAAGGUGGCGUUCGCGUUGCCACGCCUCGCGCCGCUUGGAUCGCUAGGGCCCAUGCCCCUUGGCCAAUGCCCCUUGGCCAAUGCCCCGUGGCCUUGCGACGGCCAGCGCGGCGUGUCGAGCUUCGCACAUCUCUGCACUGCGUGGCUAGCUCCCCUUGGCGCUUGCUCUCUGGCCCCUCCUUUGCAAGCCCCUUCGCUUGCAACGCCACAGUCGCAUACACUGCCCAGAACCUUCCGUAGCCGCCGUGUCUCGUUCCUGCUCUGGAGUCUGUGCUUUCGGCUCGUUCGGCAUCGUCCUCGCGAUCCCGACACGCCCAUUGUCGCGACUCACUCGGCCCCCUCGGCUUCCCACGCUCGGUCCGUUUUUCGCUUGAUCGACCCCGCAUCACCUCCUACGCUCGCGACCAUCAUGGCUGCCCACCGUGCUGAUGCUGACGCUUCGAUUCAUCCCUUUGCGGUACACACUCCGACCCUCGCUGCAAACGUUCACUCCCACACAGCCUCGUCCCAGCCACUCGCUCAAGCUCGAACAAAGGCUCAGCUCUCGCCGGCAUAUAUUGCCACCAUCCGACGCCGCCGCACCCGAACCCUCGACCUCGACUCCCAUCCAAGCAUCCGUCCAAGGUCCUCCUCGGUCUCGCGAAGAUCUUCCAGAGCAUCCACCGUCUCCUUUGCUCCUAUCAUCGCCGCGUGUUCCGCGUCUUACCUCGACAUCUCGCAUCUCGCCCCUCUUGGCUCGCUCACCGUCUCACAGAGUAUGCCCCUCGUCGCCGUCGAAUCUUCGCCGCAGACAACACCAAGAGCCGACGCCGGCCCUUCUCGCUUCCCUCUCUCCGCCUCGCAACCAACCUCCUCCAAAAUGACCACCAAGACUCACACCAAGCGUGGCUCCAUGGUCGGCGCCCUCAGCGUCGCCGACCGCGCCAAGGCCUUCCAGGCCGACUUGGCCUCUUCGUCGUCUUCGACAAACACAGCUCAGCGCCGCGCUCGCAAGUCGGCACUCUCCUCCGUCUCUGCCUUCGACGAUGCAUCUCCGUCGACGUCUGCAGCAUCAUUAGAAGGCGACUCGGAAGAGCUCAUCGCCACCAUCGCCACAGCUCGUCGCAUCAGCGUCGCCACCCCCGUCCACCGCCGUGCACGAAGCGACGUCAGCGUCCUCGACCCCUACCUCGCACAAGACGUCGCCGCCACCGCCACCGCCAAGCCUACGCACGAGCUCGUCAACCCUCCCACCAUCCGCACUUCCUCCUUUGCCGAGCUCGACGAGCUCACCGCAAAGCUCGAAGCCAACCGUCCGCGCAGCAAGACGCUCGCGCAUCCCGUCCGAGCCAACCGUGCCAACGCACACCUCAUGCACAGCAUCGCCGAAGAAAGCAUGCACCUUCGCCUCUGCUCCUCCACAGAGACCAUCCGUGCCAACAAACUCGCUCCUUCGCGUCGCAUCUCGCGCUCGGGCGCCAGGACUCCGCUCGCCAACGCUCACGUCACUUUUCAGGUCUCGCCAUGCCUCUCGGACGACGGCUCGAUCGACUGGCAUUGCUUCAUCAGCGGCAACUACGGCGUGCCUCGCACCAUCGACUUUCGCCAGCCCAUCUCGAUCUCCGAUCUUGCCGUCCCCGUCCACGCCAGCCGCAAGCGCGAGUAUCACUCCAAGCUCUCCAAGCCCGACAGCCCCACGCUCAACGACGAGGCCACCUGGCUCGAGGAGGAGCUGGCUCGCUGCAGCAGCGACGAGGACGAUGACGAGUACGAUCUCGACGGCUCCCUUCGCCCUUCUGUCGAUGAGGAAUUUUCGACGCCCGAUGGCAGCCCUCUCCUCUCGCCCAUGGACCUCACUGCGCCCGGGCCCGUCGAGAUCAUGGGCCUGGGCAUCCAGGACGCCUCGCUCCUCCUGCCCGGCGCUCCAGAGCACGAGCCCAACAAGUCGGCCGACUCGCUCCUCGAGCAGGUCGCCAUGCACGAGGCAUGCAUCCGAACGCUCCACACCAUCUCGCACGACACGCGCGACCACCAGCUCUCUCAAGCCCUCCCACCCAUGCCCGAUCGCAGGAGCAGCCUCCUGAUCCCCUGCGUCCCAGCUACCACGUUGCGGGGCGUGCCCUCGGUGGGCGACUUUAGCAGCACCCAGGCAGGCGCAGCGGCGCUGUUUGGCGACGACACGUACGAUGCCUCGAUGAGCCCCAUGGCCGACAUGGGUCACGGCGCGCUAAGCGACGAGCCUAGGAGCACCUCGCCGUAUCCGCGACGCGCAUCGGCGGCAAGCUACCUCUCGACCGCCUCGACCGCCUCGGCCGAUGUCUCGACGGCUUCGCACGCAUCCAGCCUGCUCUUCAACGCGCACCUCGCUGCGCCCGGCAUGGCGCGAGGCGGUUCGGCGGAUGCCGGAGUCAGCACACGUCGUUCGUCGGUCGCCAGCAGCUACACGCACGACAAGGCGCCCAACAAGCCGCCGCGCAGCCCUCUGCGUCUCAACGCCAUGCCGCUGCCACCGCUGCCCCAAGAGGCGUGCGAGACGCCCCAGCCUUCGCAGUACGCCGACGCGCCGCAGCCGCGCAGCCCUGUGCGCAUGAGCGCCAUGCCGCUGCCGCCGUUGCCGCAAAGCGCACCGGUGGAGGAGGGCGACAAGCCGCGCUCGUCGAGGGAGUCGGCGCGCGUGCUGCGCCAGGCGAACCGCCGCAAGGAGGGCACACACCUGCCCAAGCCGCCCGCGCGCCACGGCAGCCUCGAGGCCAUGGUCGCUGCAGCGCCCAAGGACACGCAGAUGCGCGAAGAGUUCCCCGAGCGUCUGCUUGGCGACUGGAUGGCGGCGCGCGACGACGAAGCGACGCCCGAGGCGUCGGCGGACGAGCGCGCGUUCAGGGUGGAGCCGGUGCCACUGCACAAGCGCAUCCUCAAGAAGGACGGCACCACCGUGCUGCCUGGCCUGGGCGAGAUUGUGCCGCCCAGUCCCGAGGUGACGGCGGCUGCGUUGAUGUGUGCGCGCGACGUGCCCGCGUAUCCGGGAGCGGCACAGAAGCGAUUGGGCGUCGAGACUCUGCCGUUGGCCGGUGCUGCAGCCCAGCUGGCCAAGCCGGCGAUGACGCUCAAGGGCAAGCUGUCGGGCCGUCGACUGGGACGCGCAUCGAGGGAGGAGGGAUCGGCGAGCAUGGAGCGCAAGACGAGCGAGUCGUCGCUGCCCAACGUGCUGGGCCGCAUGCGCAAGGCGUCGGGCCGCGAGUCGGACCGAUCGCGCGUUUCGUCGUCGGCGGCUUCGGCGGCUGCUGAGCUGCCCGCAGCAUGGAAGGACCGCAUCGUGGGUACGCGGCCAUCGAUGGACAUGCGCCGACCGAGCUUUGCCUCGCUGGCGUCGUCGUCCGAGGCGGGGGCUGCUUGUGCGUCGCCGCGGGGCAAGGUUGCGACGCUGUUGCCCGGAGCGCGGGACGAGAUGCGUUCGCGCUCGAGCCUGGGUCUGCGCAAGAUGCUCAGCUCCAUCACGGGUACCGACGGCGCGUCGAGCAGCGAAGCGAACUCCGGCGGUGGCGCUGCAGAAAGUGCGGGCCGGGCGUCUCUGACGCUGGAAGCGCUUGCGGCUUCGACGUUUGAAAGCCCCAAAUCGGCGCGAGUUGCGGGCGGCGGGCGUCGGGCGCAGCACAAGUACGAGUCGUUUAUCGAGCUGUCGGACGACGAGACUUCGAGCGUCAGCGCGAGCGUCAGUGCGGCGACGUGCGAGAGCUGGGAGAGCGACGUGCGGUCGCGCAAGCGCUCAGCACGCAAGGACCUUACCAAGAUGUUUGGCGCGUCGGAGGUGGAUCUGGCCCAAGGCAUGCGUGGCGAGGUCGAGGCGGAUAAGUGGACCGCGAGUGUCGGACGUGCGGGAACCAAGAAGCGCUCAGUGCUGUGGUGA